AUGAGUUCUCUACCUCACUCAAACACUUACUUAUCAGUAAAUCCUAUUAAUACUACCCCCACUACUUCUACCAAUAAAAGGUCUCAUAGACAUAGAAGAUCGGCAGCUAUUUCUGGAGAUUUUGAUGCUUUUGGUUCAGGUCUAUUUGCUUCUCCCCCUCAUCCAUCAUUAUCUCAUCAUCAUCAUCAUUUAUCUCAACAUUCUAUUAAUUCAAAAUCAGAAACUAUUGAUUAUUCUUAUAAUUUUAAUAAUGAAACAGACUUCGAUAUCUCCAGUUCAGGUUUAAAGAAAUCAUCUACAAAUCCUAAUGAUGAAUCUACUUUUUCAUUCCCUGAAUUAAAGACUCCUGAUUUAUCUGAUAAUUAUAGUCUGACAUUUGCUAAAAAUGUUAAUGCCAAUGCUACUACUGCUUUUUCACCUAAAAGAUAUCAACAUCCUGGUUUCCAUUAUACUCCUCCUCCUUCUCAUUCAUCUUCAUUGAAUUCUCCAAAUAGAUUAUCUUCAUUUAUCCCCCCUCAUAAGCGUACUUAUUCUUCAAACAAUUCAAGAUCUAGAAAAUUGUAUAGUUCUGAAGAUUUGUAUAGACAACAACAGCAACAGCAACAACAACAACAAAUUCAAAACAAUAUACCAGAUGCAAUAAUCGAUUUGGAUGAAAUAUUAACGGCAAAUUUACAUAUCGGUGGAGAUUCUACUUCUUCAUCAUCAAAUCAUAAACGUACUGGACUGGCUCCAGCUGAUUAUUCAUUUGAUGAACCUGAAUUCUUAGCAUCUCCCUUUAUAAGACAACAAUCAUUAAAUAAUACUCCACCCCCUAAUUCAAUUUCCAGUCCAUUUUUCACUUCAUCAUCUCCAAGACCAACAACUCCGGCCAAUCUUUUAUUUAUUCAACCAAUUCAUGAGAAUCUAAAUGAUGAUGAAAAGGAAGAUAGAAAUAAUAAUAAUAAUAAUGAUAAUAAUAAUAAUAAUAAUAUUAAUAUUAAUAAUAAUAUUAAUAAUAAUAAUGAUAAUGACAAUGAUGAUGAUCAAAAUAUUGAUUUCUUAUCUUUAGAUAGUCAUCAACAAAGUAAUAAUAGUAGUACCAAUGAAUUACUUAAUCAACCUCCACCUCAAUUAUUAUCUUCAACAAGUUUAUAUACUAAUUUAUCAGCCAGUUCUUCAAAUUCCAGUAUAAGACAAAAUUUGAUUGAAAAGACAUUUUCUAAUUCUUCCAAAGAAUCUAUAAAUAAUAAUACUUAUAAUAAUGGUAAUGGUAAUGGUAAUAAUAAUAAUAGUAAUAAUAAUAAUAAUAAUAAACGAUCAGGUGCAAAAGCUAAUAGAUAUCAAAUCUUUUAUGAUCAAUCCAAUAGAAUUUCAAAUGCUUUAAAGAUCUCAUCAUCUGAUAGUAUUAAUAUUGUUAGAUCGAAUAGUCAAAAUAAGGAUAUCUCAACAUUACAGGCAAAUAAUUCAGGGAAUAUUAAUCAUAAUAGUAAGUUAUUAGGACAUUCAUCAAGUUUACCAAGUCUUAAAUCAAAUGGAGGCAAAAGAACCAUUAUGUUAAUUCCUCCUCCACCCCAAUUACCAUCUCAAUAUCGUCCAACUAGUUCUUAUUCUCAUUCGAAUACAAAUACAAAUACUAAAAGAACUAUAUCUCCACCUAGUAGAGGUAAUCAUAGUGUUGAAGUAUCCCCAUCAAAUUCAAUUAAGAAUACACUCGAUCAACAACAACAACAACAACAACAACAACAACAACAACCAUCUAAAACUGUAGAAACUCCAUUAAAUAUACCAAAGCCAACUACUAUUGAAAAUCCUGAAAUAUUAAUAAUAAAGACUAAUACUUCAACUACAAGUCCAAUAAGUAUAAGAUCUGGAGUUUCUUCAACAGUAAUAUCUUCCAGUGGUACUUUACAGUCUACUGAUAAUUCAUCCAUUCAUUCUUCACAUCUUGUUGCAAGUAAAGAUGAUGAUGAAAGUAGUAGUAAUAAUACUAAUACUAAUCCUAAAGAUAGUAUUAAUAAAAUUCCUCUUCUUGAGAGAUCUAUUACUCCUUCUAUAAUUAUUUGUUCGGAAUCUUCUUCUCCAUCAACUAAUUCAACUUAUAGACAACAAGAUGAUAGUCGUAGUGGACAUAAUGAUUCCACUCUACUUCAUUCAACCAAUGAAUCUACCAUUAUUGAUUAUAAUGAUAAUGAUAAUGGUAAUGAUAACGGAGAUGAUCAAGAGCAAACGUCUCCUAAACGUCCAUCACCUAGACGACCAACGACUGCCAAUGAAGAGAAGAUCUUACGGUUGACAAAGAUACCUACAUUCAAAGGAGGUUCGACUCCUUUGCAUAGUCCUAUAUCUCCACCAUCCUCACCAAGCGUAAGAUCAUCUACCACUAUAGCAACUACCAAUGGUGGUGGUAAUGGAAGUAAACGCAUGAGUAUAUAUCAUAGAAUGAAGAGAAGUUCUAUGACAUUAUCAUUAAGUGAUUUUAAUGAUUUAUUACCUCCACCAACCGUCAGCUCAAUGGCUUCAACUUCUCGUGGUUCAAGACAUCAAAAGACGAAAUCUUUGUCACUGUCAAUUUAUGAAUUUAUGCUGCCAAACACAAGAACAACAUCCAAUGCUUCCAAUCCUCCAUUUGAUUCAUCGGAGUCUAUACUGGAAGGUGUUCCAAUGGGUCAACGACAACGAAGAAGAAGUGAUAAAUUUCUUAAUUGGUUUAAACGUAGAAGUGUUGUUGAUUAA